CAUUGAGUAACUCGAGCGAUAACUCGAAGAAGAAAUGACCGGGUGUAAACAUGGCGUCUGCCUUGGAAGAUGAUGAGAUCUCCAGUGAUGAUUACUAUUCCCUUCUAAAUGUCAGGCGAGAGGCAACACAGGAUGAAUUGAAGGCAGCAUACAGGCGCCUAUGCAUGUUAUAUCACCCGGACAAACAUCGGGAUCCAGAACUAAAGCGACAAGCAGAGCAGCUAUUUAACCUCGUACAUGAAGCUUAUGAAGUGCUCAGUGAUCCACAGGCAAGAGCAAUCUAUGAUGUCUAUGGAAAGCGUGGACUCGAUGUGGAAGGAUGGGAGGUGAUAGAGAGAAAAAGAACACCAGCAGAGAUCAGGGAGGAGUAUGAGCGUCUUCAGAAAGAAAGAGAGGAGCGAAGACUCCAGCAAAGGACCAACCCAAAGGGAACGAUUAGCGUAGGCAUUGAUGCCACGGACCUCUUUGACCGCUAUGAAGAGGACUAUGAAGACAUGGUUGCAGGAGGCAUCCCGCACGUGGAAAUCAACAAGAUGCACAUAUCACAGUCCAUAGAGGCUCCUCUUACCACAAAUGACACGGCCAUCUUGUCCGGCUCCUUGUCCACACACAAUGGAAACGGAGGCGGUACUAUUAACUUGGCUCUGAGGAGAGUCACCUCAGCUCAGGGUUGGGGGGAGAUAGAGCUCGGCGCCGGGGACACACACGGACCUCUCUUCGGAAUGAAGAUAUUCCGAAAUUUGACGCCUCGGUGCUUUGUGACGGGACAGUGCGGACUCCAGUUUUCAUCACGAGGCGUACGUCCUGGCAUAACCACAGUGUUGGCCCGUCACCUGGACAAGAACACAAUGGGCUACCUGCAAUGGCGUUGGGGGAUCCACUCCUCUAUGAACACCAGCAUAGUCAGGGACACCAAGAGCAGCCAUUUUACAUUCGCAGUGCAGCUUGGCAUUCCACACACUUUUAUGAUGAUGAGCUACCAGUACAAGUUCCAGGAUGAAGACCAGACAAAGAUUAAGGGCUCAGUAAAGUCUGGUUUCUUUGGAACCGUGGUAGAAUAUGGUGCUGAGAGGAAAAUCAGUAGACACAGCGUUUUGGGGGCGACAGUCAGUGUAGGUGUGCCCCAAGGUGUCUCACUCAAGGUCAAACUAAACAGAGCCAGCCAGACUUAUUUCUUCCCUAUUCACCUGACCGACCAACUUCUGCCAAGUGCUGUAUUUUACGCCACGGUUGGACCCCUGGUUGUCUACCUCGCCAUGCAGCGACUCGUUAUUCGGCCGUAUGUGCAAGCUCAGAAGGAACAAGACCUGGAGAAGCAGCGUGAGAGCUCGGCCUCAAACAUAGCCAAAAAGAAACAGGAGGCAGAGGCUGCGGUCUUGCUCAUGCAGGAGUCUGUGCGGAGGAUUAUUGAAGCUGAGGAGUCUCGAAUGGGUCUAAUCAUCCUCAAUGCCUGGUAUGGCAAGUUUGUGACAGACAACAGCCGAAAACAUGAGAGGGCAAAGGUCAUUGACGUGACUGUGCCACUGCAGUGUCUUGUGAAAGACUCUAAACUCAUCCUGACCGAGGCUACAAAGUCAGGACUCCCAGGGUUCUAUGACCCCUGUGUGGGUGAGGAGAAGAGUCUAAAGGUGCUGUAUCAGUUCCGCGGUGUCAUGCAUCAAGUCCUAUCGGGAGAUGCAGAACCACUCAGGAUACCAAAGCAAUCUCACAGGAUUGACACGGACACAUAGGGGUUCCUCUGGUGACCAAAAAGACUCGGAAGAAUAGAUUGAACCUUUUGUUUUAGACUCGACAGGGAGCAAAUUCUUUGUCACUCAAUCAUAUUGCAUUUAUCUUUGGUCUCGACAUUAUUCAGUAAAAGAUGCAGAGUUGAAGAAAGUAUCAAAGACAGUAUCCAAGGACAGGGUUUGGGGCCUGCUAGAAAAUGUAAUGUGACACCAACAUCAAUGGCUACCACAUAUUAAGCCUCUGUGGUGUACAUUUAUUUUUGCUAAGGCUAGUCUUUUAUGAUCAAGUUGUGUGUACCAAAUUGCACGCAAAUUGCAGUGCCUGGAUGAUUUAUAUCAUGAAUGCACCUGUUUGUUUGCCAUAAUAUUAAAAUCUUUCUCGCUCAUA